UCCCGGCCCGGCCGCCUCUUACCCGUUCUCCGCCAGCAUGGCGGAGCCGCCGUCCGCGGAGCCGGCGGGCAGGGACGUGCGGGACCGCUUGAGCCUGUGGGACCGCCGCCCACAGCCCGCCGCGCCGCUCAGCGACCGACAGACCGACUCGGUGCUGGAGCUGAAGGCGGCGGCAGAGAACUUGCCGGUGCCGCCCGAGCUUCCAAUUGAAGAUUUGUGCAGCCUGACGUCUCAGUCGCUAGCUGUUACACUGACGGCUGCAGUGCCAGAAUCCACAGAGGAUGUCCUUUUGAAAGGAUUUGCAGUACUGGGGAUGGAGGAUGAAAGAAUUGAAACAGCACAGCAGUUCUUCUCCUGGUUUGCUCAGGUACAAACACAGAUGGAUCAAGACGAAGGUGCCAAGUACAGACAGAUGAGGGAUUACUUGUCUGGCUUUCAGGAGCAGUGUGAUGCUAUCUUGAAUGAUGUGAAUAGUGCCCUUCAACACUUGGAGUCACUGCAAAAACAGUAUCUUUUUGUGUCCACGAAGACAGGAACGCUGCAUGAGGCCUGUGAGCAGCUUUUGAAAGAGCAGUCAGAACUAGUUGACCUGGCUGAAAACAUCCAGCAGAAACUUUCUUAUUUUAAUGAGCUGGAAAACAUCAACACAAAAUUGAAUUCCCCUACGCUGUCCGUGAACAGUGAAGGAUUCAUUCCCAUGCUGGCUAAGCUUGAUGAUUGUAUUGCAUAUAUUUCAUCGCAUCCGAAUUUUAAAGAUUAUCCUGUAUAUUUGAUAAAAUUUAAACAAUGCCUUUCUAAAGCUAUGCACCUUAUCAAGACUUACACUGUGAAUACAUUGCAGAACCUCACAAGCCAGUUAAUGAAAAGGGAUCCUUCAGCUGUGCCAAAUUCUGACAAUGCCUUCACGCUGUUUUAUGUAAAGUUCAGAGCAGCUGCUCCCAAAGUCAGAACACUUAUUGAACAAGUAGAGCAAAGAUCUGAAAAAAUGCCAGAAUAUCAACAAGUUCUCAAUGAAAUCCAUCAAUGCUACCUUGACCAGAGGGAGCUUUUGCUUGGUCCAAGUAUCGCUAGCACUGUUACAGAAUUAACCAGUCAGAACAACAGAGAUCACUGUGCUCUGGUACGGAGCGGUUGUGCCUUUAUGGUCCAUGUAUGCCAGGAUGAGCACCAGCUUUACAAUGAGUUCUUCACGAAACCAACACCAAAACUGGAUGAACUCUUGGAGAAGUUGUGUCUUUCACUUUAUGAUGUCCUGAGGCCAAUGAUCAUCCAUGUCAUUCACUUAGAGACGCUUUCUGAACUCUGCGGGAUUCUCAAGAAUGAAAUGCUUGAAGAUCAUGUACAGAACAAUGCUGAACAACUGGGUGCAUUUGCAGCUGGUGUCAAGCAGAUGUUAGAAGACGUACAAGAACGCCUUGUCUAUAGGACUCACAUUUACAUUCAGACUGAUAUCACAGGCUACAAGCCUGCUCCGGGUGAUCUGGCAUAUCCUGACAAGUUGGAAAUGAUGGAGCAAAUUGCACAGAGCUUAAAGGAGGAACAGAAGAAGCUGCCAUCUGAAGCUUCAUUUUCAGAUGUCCGGCUAGAAGAUCCUGAGUCCUGCAACUUAGUUAAAUCUGGUUCAUCAGAAACCCUUAAUCCCAGGCACCAGACCACGAUUUCGCCAGCAGAUCUGCAUGGAAUGUGGUAUCCUACUGUCAGAAGGACUCUAGUGUGUCUCUCCAAACUGUACAGAUGUAUAGACAGGGCAGUGUUUCAGGGAUUAUCUCAAGAGGCCUUAUCUGCCUGCAUUCACUCGCUGCUGGGAGCUGCUGAUUCUAUCAGCAAGAACAAGACCCAGGUUGACGGACAGCUUUUCUUAAUAAAACAUCUUUUGAUUCUUCGUGAACAAAUUGCUCCUUUCCACACUGAUUUCACCAUUAAGGAAAUUUCCCUGGACCUUAAGAAAACUAGAGAUGCAGCGUUUAAAAUCCUGAACCCUAAGGCAGUGUCAAGAUUUUUUAGGCUGAACAGCAACAACGCCUUGAUACAGUUCUUACUGGAGGGUACCCCAGAAAUCAGAGAACACUAUAUUGACUCUAAGAAAGAUGUAGAUCGUCAUCUGAAAUCAGCUUGUGAGCAGUUUAUUCAGCAGCAAACCAAGCAGUUUAUAGAACAGCUGGAGGAGUUCAUGACAAAGGUAGCUGCUUUAAAAACAACAGCUACUCAAGGAGGUCCCAGGUACAGCCUUUCACAGCAGCCUUGGGCGCAACCAGCAAAGAUCAACGAUGUAGUCUCUUCCACUUACAAGACAAUAAAAACAAAGCUGCCAUCAACAUUACGAAGCAUGUCAUUAUACUUGUCCAAUAAAGAUACAGAAUUGAUUUUGUUUAAGCCGGUUAAAAGUAACAUUCAGCAAAUGUUCCAGAAACUCCAUGCUUUGUUAAGGGAAGAAUUCAGUAAUGAAGAUCUCCAGAUCAUAGCUUGUCCUUCAAUGGAACAGGUGAACUUACUCUUAUCGAUGUCCAAGUAGCCCAGCAGUGAGGCUGCUUGAAAAAAGCUUUAGCUGAAUGCCAGCCAGUGAAGGAGAUGCAAAGACA